UUCCUAAAAAUAUCGUCGCCAUAUUGGUAUUGUCAAAAAGUUCGGGCUAAAUCAGUGUUGAGAAAAAAUGGUUUUUCACUCAUUUACCACUGAAUCUUCACUGUUUGUGUGAUCUAUAUUAACAGUGUGUGACUUUAGAUGUUUCGUUUUUCGGAGCAGUUGCGGUGUUUGGUUUGCAAAUGAUGUUUUCCGCCGAGAAAUGUGCGGAGCAGAGCACGGGUACUUCGGAGGGAGCCGAGCUUCUCGCCGGUGUCAGCGAAGGCCCGGGGAAGGAAGGAGUGCCCCCUGACGAAGUGGCCUCCGCAGUGGCUUCGGUGUCCCAAGAGAUCGGUGAUAUCCUGAAGGAUGAGCUGGGUGACGCUGAUAGGGCUGAUCGGAUCGGCGCAGAGCUUGAGAACCUGAGUGCCGAGCUCGGGAUGCUCGCGGGGCUGGCAGACCACGAACCUCAGCAGGAUUUCCCGUCACUCUUCGAGAUCGCGAUGGGGAGCCACACCCACAGCCACCGAGUUUCCGGCAGCGGGACGUCCUCGUCCUCCUCGUGGUCGGGCAGCGCGCGGCGCCCGGCGCGCCCGCAGCGGACCAAGCGGCGCCCCAUCGCCAAGGGCAAGGAGAUAUCCCGUCGCCGCAGCGCGGCCGCGCGGCGAGCCGCCUCGCUGCGCGUGCGGCGUGUCGAGGUCGUGUCGGACGCGUCGGACGUCGGCGCCGAGUCGGACGACUCGGAGGGGCAGUGGACCGAGCUCGAGGAUGCCUGUUCAUCCGACUGUUCGUCGUCAAAGCGGGUCGCCGAGGAGGCGGCGUGCAACGGCUACCAGGAGGAACAGGCGGAACCGGAGCCGCCGGCCAUGGGGCAGUUCCUGCUGCCGCUGCUGAGCGCCGAGCCGGCGCCGGAGCCCGAGCGGGCGCUGCUCAUCCGCCACGAGGACAUACUGCAGGCUGUCAGGCUGGCACCAUUGCAUCUCCUGACUUCGAACGACGAUGUUGUGCCGAACGACGUGCCUCUAGAGGAGGAGGCGCCGAUCGAGCAGACAGACUCGCUGUCCGAGGAGUAUGACUAUGAGGAGCCGCCAGUGACGCCUGAGGAGGAGGCCGCUUUGCUGCACUACGUCUGCGAAGCGGAGCGACUAGCAUGCUGUCAAGAGCCGGAGCAGUUCACCGCUGUGGAGGAGUGGCUGCUCGGAGUCUACCACGCGUGGUGCGAGAUCAGCGCGCUCAUGUACACGCUCAUCGGGGCCAACAUGAGUGUGGAGAUGGUCCGCGAGGAGUGGGUGUACCGCGCUCGCUUCGGCUGCCACUGCCGCCUGUGCCUGUGCCUCGCCAACAACGCGGAGGCGCUCGCCCGGGUGCUCCGCCCCCUGCUCACGGCGCUCGCGAGAGGUACGCGUAUACAACAUACCAUGUGUACAGCUCGCUGCGGCUGCCACUGCCGCCUGUGCCUGUGCCUCGCCAACAACGCGGAGGCGCUCGCCCGGGUGCUCCGCCCCCUGCUCUCGGCGCUCGCGAGAGGUACGCGUAUACAACAUACCAUGUGUACAGCUCGCUGCGGCUGCCACUGCCGCCUGUGCCUGUGCCUCGCCAACAACGCGGAGGCGCUCGCCCGGGUGCUCCGCCCCCUGCUCACGGCGCUCGCGAGAGGGAGCGAGACGAUACCAACGGCGGUGGCCCUCAUGCGUGCUCUGUCGCUCACGUCGGCAGCGGAGCCGUGUCGCUACGCGGCGUGGCAGCUGUCGCGGCUCAAGCGACAUGCCGUGCACGAAACAGGUCUUGCCAUAAUACAUGAGCACCUGCUACGUCUGGAGGCGGAGAGCGAACUGACUCGCGACAUCGUCAACAAGGUGUGCCUGUGUCGACCCGUCGAGGAACCGCUGCAGAAAGAAAACGCCAUGGAGAGAUUGUUCAAGAUCUUGGAGAACUUUAAGGCCGCUUCUACAAUUACAUUUAAGGUGGACAUAGUGCCGCCAGCGGAGUCCGCGGGCUGCGCGUGGGCGGGCAUGUGGCGCGCGCGCCUCGCGCGGUACCUCGCGCCCUUCCAGCGGUGCUCCACCGCGGCCCGCCUGCGCGACAUGAUGUCGCGGCCCGCCACCCGCGACCUGAGCGCGUGGUCUGGGUACCAGCACCGCUGCGACUGCCUGACGCCGCGGACCGUGUGCGCGCAGCAACGGAAACUUCUCUUGAGGAUCUCGUUCUUCGGCAUGAUGCAGGCGGUGAAUGAGUUCAACAGCAGCAAGGAGCACGCGGCGCCCAUAGAGCCCGCGGGGGAGGGGCUGCAGCAGGGGGAUGGGACAGGGGCUAAGCCUCCAGACACGGAGGGGCAGCCGGCGACGGAAGGCGAGGGAGCGAGAGAGCAGGAUGAGCAGGACAGCGACAAGUCCACCGGCGACUUGGAUGACCUAUCGGAGUCUGACGGCGGCUCGGGCUCCCUCGGCCUCUCCAGUUCAUCGUUAGACUCGGCCUCGGAGCUGCUGCUGGCGGCCGCGGCGGCCGUGGAGUCCGGCUCGGAGGACGCGGCGCCCGGCUCGCUGUGCCGCACCGUACGGCAUCUCAUGCGCUCCAUCGCUUCUAUAGAGAGGCUGGACUCGGCCUCGGAGCUGCUGCUGGCGGCCCCGGCGGCCGUGGAGUCCGGCUCAGAGGACGCGGCGCCCGGCUCGCUGUGUCACACCGUGCGGCAUCUCAUGCGCUCCAUCGCGUCUAUAGAGAGGUUGAUGGACAGGGUGCUCCAGCAUUGCGACGAGUGGCCGGUCGCGCAGCACCGCCGCCUCGGCGAGGACCCGCCCGACGACGGCAAUGCUAGGAAAAAGGUGGACAUGGGCUUAUCAGAGGUGGACCGGAAGUUGAUGGCGAUGUACCGACGGCUACCGGAAGUCCAUCGUCGGCAACUGCAGGUCUACCGGAAGCAGAAGAAACUGUCCACGGUGUGCAUGCAGCUGGUGGGCGGGCGCGCGCCCGCCCCGCCGCCCCCCGGCUCCCCGCCGCCCGCGCCCCCGCACGCCGCCUGCCGCGCGCUCUGCCCCGAGUACCACCUGCAGCGCUUCAAGGAGGUCAGACGCAAAGUGAUGCACAUGAGGGACCAGCAACUCUACUACCACAGGCUCAGAAUGUGGCUAGAAGAGCAGCUACGAAACGAGCGCGAGAGGGAACGGGACAGUAUGCCAGAAAGCAACGUAACCCUAGUGGACGACAUACCCCGCCGCAAACGUAGAAGCAGCAGCCCCAAACAACGUUUAGGAGCCGCGCCCAAACGGAAACUGGCUCCCCCCUCCCGCCCGCACCGCAUCCUGCAAAUGCUCAAACACAAGGCGCCCGCGCAACUACUCAAGCUCAAAGACGAUGAUAACUUGGAGGUCGAACCGCCAGAGGCCUUCCCUCUAGAGAAGGAGGACAACGUUAGCGACACCGAGACGAUAGUAGGCGAGAAAGAGACGGAGCUAUGCAAAGAAAUGAAAGAGUGCCUCGUGAAGUUCGCCAGCUUCGCGCUGAACAGCCUCGACAAGGGUUUGCAGGAACAUGAGCAGGAGUCGGUCAGCCCGCCGUUACAGGAAAUGUCUCCAACAACCUCCGAGCCGAUGCCCGUGUACACGCCCAAACCGAGCCAGAGGUUACUCCAGGUCAACAAGUUCCUCCCCCGCGACGACACCCUCGACUUCCAGUCGCAGAUCGCACCAGAAGUCCUAAACAUACCCCUGAACGCAAGGCGGACCCCAGUCUUAGUCGAAGAGGAGGAAAAAUGCAUCAAGGUUGACGAAAAAGACCCCAAUGUCUAUAAGUAUGUUACCUUCGGUCUAGAAAUCAAAAAAGCUAUGGAAGAAUGCCAGAACAUCAUCAAUUCUUACAACAGUAUUAAUAAAGAAGAGGGGAAAGAGGACCAAGACGGGCCCCUUUCUUUAGAACAAAUAUGCGAAGUCAUGAUGAGCUUGGACAAGAAUUCAGCCGAGUUCCUAGAGAAAAUGGACUCGGAUGAACCUAUAGAUAUUAACACGGCUAACACUAAACUAGUGGAACUAGUGGAAAACAUGCCGCAGAUACUAGCCAACAUGCCCGAGAUAGCGUCCAAACUUUCAGAAUUCGCUAACGCCUCCUUCGAACUCCCCGAAUUCGCUUCGAUCAUGAACAGUCUCCCCGAAGUUAAUAACGAAGCCCAACUAACCCCUGAAACCUUAAGACAGAUAAGAGAAUUAAAGUUAAAUAAGAAUAAGGAUAGCGUUAAGGUUACUAAGAACACUGCCAAACGUAAAACAAAGAAAAUUAAGAGUAAUGUAGAACACGACGAUAUCAUAGGCACUAUGACUCUAGAAUUCGAUAGCCAGGACAUAACGGAGCUUCUAAAAGACGAGAAAGACUUACAAGCUAUAAUGAAAAACAAGAAUAAUAAGGAAGAUUUGAAAAUAUCCGAUCUACUCUUCUCUAUAUCCGCUCAAGUAGUUAUUAACAAAGUGUUCGAAUAUCUAAAACAAAACAAAAGCCCCGAGCUAGCCAAGUGUCUCGAAGACGAUAUAAAUAAAGACAUAUUUAAUACGCAAAAGAAUAGCAUUAAUUCUGAAAUGUAUUCAAAAGCGUCGACGUUAUUUGACAAUUUUGUAAAAGACGCUCUGAGCAUGGACCAGCUAAGAGAACUAGUGAAGGAUAGAUUUAACUCUAUGAAGCAAUAUGUAGCCACGAAAUUUAAAGGUAUACCUGUAGAGUUACUAGAAAACGAGAUAGAAGCUAUGCUCGAGAAAUUUUAUACUUAUAUACAAGAUUUAGCUGGAAAACAGAACGCCAGCGAUAGUGAUAAGAUUAUAGAAAAGAUAGAGGAGUUAAAUAAAAACUCGCAGUCCGAAAGCGAUAACGAAAGCUGCCCGGCCUCUAAGGAAUCAUUAAAACAAAUUUCUAAACUUCUAAGCACCUCCGCGGGAAACACUUUCGAUCUAUUAAUAAUGAAACUGUCUAAAAUGUCUCAAGACAAAAAGACUUCAGUGAAAAGUCUGAAAUUUAAAUAUAUAGAUGUUAUAAAAAGGUGCGCGGAUUCUGUCCAACUAACAGGGUGGAUUCUACUCAAUCCCGAGAUAGCUAGUAAUGUUAUAGAAGAAUUGACAGGAAUACCAAGUAAGAAUACGGAAAUCGUGCCGGAUUUUCUUACCAUGCCUGACGAAGAAAAGAAAGAAUACUUCUUAGAGCGUUUAAAAGAUAUGAACAAGUCGUACAUGGAAACUUUACCUAAAGACGUGCUAUCAGGUGAUGAGUGGCUAGUAAUGCUAUAUAGAUUAGAAAAACUAGAAGGUAAGAUUAAAGAAUCUUUUACUAAAUUAACUUUACCUAAAAGCCCGGCUGUACAGGCGAGCGAAGCUGAAAUACUAGCCGCUAAAGGCUUAAGCAAAAUCAUAGGUAAGGCCAACGCGAGGGUAGUGAAAAAACCGGAGCCUAAAAUUAAAAAAGAAGAGAAAAUCGAAUCGAAAGAAACAGAAGAAGAUAAGAAAUCUAAAAACGAAGCGUUACUAGCGAAAUGCGAAGCGAUAUUAACGUCUAAAGGAGAGAAAUCACUAUUAGACAGUUUUUAUACUAUAAAAUCAUACAUCACCCAAGGCUUACCAGUACCGGAAUCAUAUAAAAAGCAUGUAAUCUCUAUAUGCUCGAGCAUAGAUGCGAAAUUACUAGACGACGAUAUACAGGAGACUUUGAAACUUGACGACGAAUCUGAAGAUAAGGACAAGGCAAAUCUAUCUGUGAUAGGCUCUCAAAACCCUGAGCUGCUAGCGAAAUAUUCCGCUCAGGCUUUAAGAAACGCUAAACAAACGUUAAACGCCGUAGCGUUUAGAAACAUGAUGCGAAACGGACAGACGAAAUCGGAGUCGGACGCUUGUGAUACUCCGAAAACCGAUUGCAAAUGGACGAACGAUUGCAUCUGUAACUCCUGCAAAGAUAACGAUAAUGUGUGUAUAGGGGACAUUGUGAAACAGUGUUACGAUGACGGCAAGAGCAAGGCGGGGCUAGAAGAGAAGAAGAAGGAGGUUAAAGUGGCCAAGCCGGCGGUCAAGCCGGUGGCCAAGCCGAAGGUGUGUGAGAACGCGUCGCAUCAGCAGCAUGUCUGUAAAGUCGGUCACUCGAACGGCACGAGCGCGUGCGCAGGCGACGGCGCCGCCGACCAGCCCUGCUCCUGCUGCUACUGCACCGUGUUCGGACACGCGCCGCCUCUCACUACCCCGGUGCCGCGCAACUUCAACGAGACGAGGGAGCGUCUGCGCUCCAUACUCAAUAAGAAGAAGCAGAAAUGCAGGACGGCUAACGGUUCGGCGUCGCCAGUGGCAGUAAAGCCGGUGCCAGCCAAGCCGGUGCCAGUCAAGCCAGUGGCAGCCAAGCCGGUGCCAGCUAAGCCGGUGGCAGCGAAGCCGGUGGCACCGCCCGAAGCGCCCAAGCCGGUGCCCGCGCCGCCCACUCCUAAGCCGCCAUUCGUGUUCCAGGCGCUCCCCAAGACCCUCCCCCCGGCGGGCCCGCCGCUCACCGCCGCGCAGACGCACGCGCAGCUCAAGCGGCAGGGCGAGCGCCAGCCCGACAAAAUGGCCGCCGUGCUCGACAAGAUGGCCGACAUGAGCGUCAGCGACGACAAACCUAAAGCAUUACAACGCACGGUGCCGGUUCAAGUGAACGUGCCGCCCGCCUUGAAGGCCGAGGGGAAAGUCAAUCCCAACGCCAUGGAACAGAUUCGAUUACAGCAAUUAAAACAACAACAACAGGCCGCGUUCCAGCAGCGACCGGUGCCUCAACCUGCGCCCGCGCAACAGAAACCGGAGCCCAUCUACGACCUACCCAUACACAACAAGCCCACGCUCACACCGCAGCAGCAACAGCAGAUACAGCGGCAGCAACAGUUGCAGCAACAGGUACUGUAGUGCCAGCAGCGACCGGUGCUUCAACCUGCGCCCGCGCAGCAGAAGCCGGAGCCCAUCUACGACCUGCCGAUACACAACAAGCCCACGCUGACACCGCAGCAGCAACAGCAGAUACAGCAGCAGCAACAGUUGCAGCAACAGCUACAACAGCAGCGUCAGAGCAGGCCGGCGGCGCAGCAGGUGUCUCUCUCUAGCAGGGACACCAGUGUGUUCUCCACGUCUAGUGGAUGCUCAGGAAUGACGUCGCACAGCGGCGGAGGGUGCUGGCGCGGCGCGCAGCAGGAUCCUCGCGAUUUGGACGCGCUGCUGCAGUACAUCGAGGGCCCGGCGCGGCACGUCGACCGCGGCAAGAAGCGCGCUAAGAAGCAGCGGCAGAAGGGCAAGCGGAUGGAGGUCCGACUUAUAGAAGAACAUACGCAUAUGGCCACGCAGCUGAACCGCAUGCGGCUAGAAUUACGAGCGACGCAGGCGCGACACAUGGCGACCGCGCGCCAGGCCGAGGAGGCCAAGGCCCAGCUCAAACAGACGCAGGCCAAGAAGAAAGGUAGGCCAGAUAUACCACUCGAGUUACGAGCGACGCAGACGCGACACAUGGCGACCGCGCGCCAGGCCGAGGAGGCCAAGGCCCAGCUCAAACAGACGCAGGCCAAGAAGAAAGGGAAGAAACAGAAAAUGAAUCCGGCGCAGCAAGCGAAAACGCAGCUGAUAGCCGAACAACUAGGGGAGCUCAAUACUCUACUGAAUGCGACAGCUAAGGAGGUGGCGGAGGCGGAGCGGCAAGUGUCGGAGUUCGCGGCGCGCUUCGAGGAGUGCGAGCGGCAGCUGGCCCUGGCGCGCGCGCUGCAGGGCGACCGCCCGCCCCCCGCCACCCCCGCCACCCCCGCCCCGCAGGCGCACCGACACCUGGAAGCGGCGAUGCUGCACAAGCAGCAACUGCAGCAGCAGCAGGUGCAGCAGCAACACCAGCAGCAGCUGCAGCAACAGUUCGCCGCCGCGCACCUGCUGGUCACCGACAAGAUGGACCGACAGAAACAGAAGGCGUUUAUCAGUAAGUUGAUGCACUCGCAGCCGCCGCCGCCGCCGGCCUCGCCGCCGCGCAAGCAGACCUGGGAGCAGGCGCUCGCGCACAUCAACCAGCUCGCCAAGGGCUCCACCAAGGAGAAGAAGAAACAAAAAGAAGUUGAAAAGCCGAAACCAGUGGAGGUGAAACAGAAGGAGCCGCAGCGGUCUCAGUCGCUCCCGGACAGCCAGCCGCUCUCCAAGAAACAGAGGAAACUGCUCGCCAAGCAACAGGCCGAAGAAGAGGAGCGAAAGAGACAGCAGCAGCUCCAGAAGCAAGAAGCGAAGAGUAAAAAGGACAAAGAUAAGAAACCUGAACCUGCCAAAGCUGAACCCAAGAAGGCAGACAAGAAGGACGCAAAGAAACAGGAGCCAGUCAAGAAAGAGGAUAAAAAAGAUAAGAAGAAGGAGAAAGGGAAGGAGAAUAAACAGGAGAAGGCUGCCCCACAACCGGCACCUGCCGCGAAGCAGACGAAGCAGAGCAAGAAAGAGAAGAAGGAACAGAGAGCGCAGGUCAUCAACAUCACAGCCGACACCACCAUCGAAGUGGUCAGCAAAAAGGGCUCGUGCGGUGUGGAGUCGGAGGCGCCGGCGGCUUGCAGCAUCAUGGAACAGCUCAGCUGCGGCGUGCAGGUAUCUGAUUUGCGGCUACCACCCGGUAUAACGUUAACGAGGGUCCAACCUAACGAGAAGAAGGAAUCAGCUCCCAUCAAGUCUGUGCCGCUGUGGAAGGCGCACGCGCUGGGCGCGGCGCCGACGCCGGUGGCGCGGCCGGCACCCGUCAUCAACGCCGACCCCGCCGCCAUGAUGUUCACCACGCAGCACCCUGAACAACCAAAAACAAUAAUAAUACCGGAGCCGGCACCCCAACCGGGGCGCUCCAAAAAGGCGAAGAAGAAGGCCAAGAAAGCCGCCGCGGCCGCCGAGGCCGAGCCCAAGGUCGACGGCACCAAGAUGGUCACGCUCCGGAACCCCAUGUUCCAUCCCAACAUGCCCCCCGCCAACCCCGUCAAGAAACCAGAGAUUAGGAUCCCCGACCCCAUCCCCAUGCCCCCCAAUGCUUGCCAGGCGACCAUCACCCCUACAUCCAACGGGAUGUACACCAUAAGAAACCCAUUAAUGUCCAUGAUGCAUCAGCAGAGCCUCAUGGGCCAACAAGCCAUGCCCAUGUACGGACAACAAUAUAACUAUGUCAACCCUAACACUUACACACCGGUGCAAACGGUACCCAAUCCACAGGCGUACGUUCUAGAUCCAUCUAGAAAUUCGCCGAAGCCAGAUGAAUUCCAGAACAGAAUCAUGAACUUAGCGUCUUUUACUCAGAAGAACGAUGAAGGUUAUUCGCUAUUCAAAACUAAUGAAGACAAUCAGCAGAAGAACUUUUUAGCACCGGAGUAUUAUUUAGAAAAUCCAAGCCCUAAGCCGGUUGUGUCACCAAAUCCUAUAGGCACUAGACCGAAUAAUGAUUCCACCCGAUCAUUUGACUCGAACGACUCAUCAUUAUUCACAAAUACAGUGCGACCAGAGCCUAUAGGCACCCCUCUGAAGCAAGAAAACGACUAUUCAGGACUGUAUACCCCGUUCGGUCAAGAAGACCGUAACGUGUUCAGAAACGCGUUGUUCAAUGAUAAGAACGUCCCAAGUUACGGCAGUUACGACGACGUGACGAAUCAGAUGGUGAACGGGGACCCGCUGCCGUACUUCCAGAGGUUGAGGGUCGGCUCGAAGCUGAAUAACGAAGUGACGAUACACCAUGUUACGGAGUCCAAGUUUUAUAAGGGACAGGACGGGUGCGGCGCUGAGGUGCGCGACGAGUCGCUGUUCUCGCGGCCCGCGUGGCCCAGUGUGUACCCCAGACCACAGUCCGGGGGCGUGUCGUCGCCGAGCUCGCUGUCGGGCUCGGGCGGGGGCGGGGGGGGCGGCUUGGGCGCGGGCUCGGGCUCCGGGGGCUCGGGCGGCUCGGGC